UCUAAGUUCCGGAUUUUGUCAACUGUCCAAACGUUGUGAAAAAUGUGGAGUGAUAUGGGAUACAAAAAACAACACCAGAGGAGGAAGGAAUGGUCAUGUAUGCAAUGAAAGGUACUGCUCAACAUGUAAUGGGUAUCACGAUCCGAAGCGAGGCUGUUUUAUUAAGCCUUUGGAGUCCAAAGCUCAAAAGCCUUACCGAUUUGUGGCUUUUGACCUCGAGACCAUGCAACAUGUCUCAUCUGGCAACAAAAGGAAUCACCAAGCAAACUUCAUCGCAGCAAGGGUAA